CCAUACCUAUUGGGAUUGGUUAUUACUGAAGAUAAUUUAUGCAAUCAUCAGCCAAAGAUGCUAAAUUGGCAAAAAGAAAACUAUGCAAGUAAGCAAACUCUACCACACGUGGGCCACACCUUCUCAGUAUAUAAAGGCCUGUCACUGUCCUUGGUGGCAGCAGCAGGCACUCCCUGGGCUAAACAGCAUCACCAUGUCUGUUCGGUACAGCUCAAGCAAACAGUACUCUUCCUCCCGCAGCGGAGGAGGAGGGGGUGGAGGAGGCGGCGGCGGCGGAGGAUCCCUCAGGGUUUCGAGCAGCAGAAGCUCCCAUGGUGGAGGCUAUAGCUCAGGGGGGGGGUUCAGUGGUGGCUCUUUUAGCCGUGGGAGCUCCGGUGGAGGCUUUCUGUGCUCAUCAGGCGGCUACGGAGGAGGAGGCGGAGGAGGAGGUGGUUUCGGUGGAGGUAGCUUUGGUGGAAGCUAUGGAAGCAGCAGCUUUGGUGGGGGCUACGGAGGAGGCGGUUUUGGAGGCGGCGGCUUCGGAGGUGGGGGCUUCGGAGGUGGGGGCUUCGGCGGAGGCAGCUUUGGGGGCUUCGGCGGUGGCGGUGGUGGAUUUGGAGGAGACGGUGGCCUUCUCUCCGGAAAUGAGAAAGUAACCAUGCAAAACCUGAACGACCGCCUGGCCUCCUACUUGGACAAAGUGCGGGCUCUUGAAGAAUCCAACUACGAGCUAGAAGGCAAGAUCAAGGAGUGGUACGAAAAGAACAGCAACACGGGCCAGCGCCAGCCUCGCAACUACGACAAAUACUACCAGACCAUCGAAGACCUUAAAAAUCAGAUCCUGAAUCUAACCACCGACAACGCCAAUGUCCUGCUUCAGAUCGACAACGCCAGGCUGGCAGCCGAUGACUUCAGGCUGAAGUACGAGAACGAGGUGGCCCUCCGCCAGAGUGUGGACGCCGACAUCAACGGCCUGCGCAGGGUGUUGGAUGAGCUGACCCUGACCAAGGCUGACCUGGAGAUGCAGAUCGAGAGCCUGACUGAGGAGCUGGCCUACCUGAAGAAGAAUCAUGACGAGGAAAUGAAAGACCUUCAAAAUGUGUCCACUGGCGAUGUGAAUGUGGAAAUGAACGCUGCCCCAGGCGUUGAUCUGACCCAGCUUCUGAACAACAUGAGAAACCAGUAUGAGCAACUUGCUGAACAAAACCGCAAAGACGCAGAAGCCUGGUUCAAUGAGAAGAGCAAGGAACUGACUACGGAAAUCGAUAAUAACAUUGAACAAAUGUCCAGCCAGAAGAAUGAGAUCACCGAACUGAGACGCAAUGUUCAAGGUCUGGAGAUCGAACUACAGUCCCAACUAGCCCUGAAACAAUCCCUGGAAGCCUCCUUGGCAGAAACAGAAGGUCGCUACUGUGUGCAGCUCUCCCAGAUUCAGGGCCAGAUCUCCUCUCUGGAGGAGCAGCUGCAGCAGAUUCGAGCUGAAACCGAAUGCCAGAACGCGGAAUACCAGCAACUCCUGGACAUUAAGAUCCGACUGGAGACUGAAAUUCAAACCUAUCGCAGCCUGCUAGAAGGAGAAGGAGGUUCCGGCGGCGGCGGCGGCUACGGCGGCGGCAGUUCCGGCGGCGGCGGUUCCGGCGGUGGCUACGGCGGCAGUUCCGGCGGCGGCGGCGGCUACGGCGGCGGCAGUUCCGGCGGCGGCGGCGGCGGCUACGGCGGCGGCAGUUCCGGCGGCGGCGGCGGCGGCUACGGCGGCGGCAGUUCCGGAGGCGGCGGCGGCGGCUACGGCGGAAGUUCCGGCGGAGGAGGCCAGAAGUCCGGUUCCGGGUCCACUGGCGAGUCCUCAACUAAGGGACCAAGGUCAGCAGAAACUAGCUGGGAUACUAAUAAAACCAGAGUGAUCAAGACAAUUCUUGAAGAAGUGGCACCUGAUGGUAGAGUCCUUUCAUCUGUGGUCGAGUCGGAAACCAAGAAACACUACUAUUAAGCCACAUCAAGAGGAAAGGCCAUUUUGUACAGAUGCAUGAAAAACAAGGUCUCCAAGAAAACACUCCAGUCUUAAUGGUCUCUGGAAAUAGGCUCCCUCUUUGAAAAUAAGGUGUCUAAAAAGGUGUUUUGUGGUUUCUGUAUUUCUUCUUUUCACUUUACCAGAAAGUGUUCUUUAAGGGGGGGGAAAAAAGAAAAAUUUCUAUUCUCAUGUACUAAUGAAUCAAUAAACUUUCUUACUGAUGCAAACUA